CACCUAACCGACGGAGCCACCCAGGUGUCCCAACAGGAAUCUUCAAAAAUCCAUCUCCGCCUUUUGAGAUGCUGCCCAAACCUGGGACCUACUACUUCCCCUGGGAAGUCAGUGGCGGCCAAGUUCCCGACGGGGGCACCCUGAGAACAUUCGGAAGAUUGUGCCUGUAUGAUCCGGCCCAGUCCCGAGUCACCUUGAGGGCCCAGCACGGACCUGACGAGCACCAGGUCCUGGUCUGCACCAAGCUGGUGGAGCCGUUCCGAGCCCAGCUGGACUCCAUGUACCUGGUCCUGGGGGAGCUCGAGCGUCAGGACGGAGGCUCCGUGGUGAAGGCGCGGGUGCUGACUUGUGUGGAAGGGAUGAAUCUCCCCUUGCUCGAACAAGCCGUCCGGGAGCAGAGGAGGUACCAGCAGGAGAGGGACAGCAGCCAGCAGCGAGUGGCGGUUCCUGACAACUGUCCCCCCCAAACCUGCCGCUGAGAUCAAGCCCCCUGGAGAUGCUAGAGCCACUGCAGAGAAGAUGCGGAGCCUUCCCCAGGAAAUGACAGCCUUUGUCUGGAGCUGCAGAGCAGGGGUGGGAGUGGGGUGGGGUUGCUAAUUUGCAUUGUUCCAGACACCCUGUGGGAUGCUGGGGCCUGAGCCUCGAGUGGGAAUAUGGAGGGUUCUGGAAAUUUCUCAUGAAUAAAACCUCCAGUGGGGGGAGACCUUG